CCCGCGCAUCCGAUCAUCCCCGCCACCAGGGGGCAGCGGCGGGCAGCCGCCUUCCUGCGCCAAGUGCGGCGGCAACUUUAACCCCGGAAACGGUCGCCUCUUUCUUUUCCAGUUGGAUCCCGACAAGCGAUACACUGAGACGAGAUGGCGCCGCGCAAAGGCAAGGAGAAGAAGGAGGAGCAGGUGAUCAGUUUGGGACCUCAGGUGGCCGAGGGCGAGAACGUCUUCGGCGUCUGCCACAUCUUCGCCUCCUUCAACGACACCUUCGUGCACGUCACCGACCUCUCCGGGAAGGAGACCAUCUGCCGCGUGACGGGCGGCAUGAAGGUGAAGGCGGACAGAGACGAGUCGUCCCCGUACGCCGCCAUGCUGGCGGCGCAGGACGUGGCGCAGCGCUGCAAGGAGCUCGGCAUCACCGCGCUGCACAUCAAGCUCAGGGCCACCGGCGGCAACCGCACCAAGACGCCCGGACCGGGCGCACAGUCGGCGCUCAGAGCCCUCGCCCGAUCUGGCAUGAAGAUCGGACGCAUCGAGGACGUGACCCCCAUCCCAUCAGACUCGACGCGCAGAAAGGGAGGACGUCGCGGACGCAGACUGUAAAGGCAACCCGAGCAUUGUGUAUUCCGUACAAUAAACGUCUUUGACCACAA